UUCCUAUCUAACGAAUAAACGCAAAACCCUUUAUGUAAAACAAGAUCUCAGUUGUGGGUUUUGGGUUUUGCAUCUCAAAGUUUACAAUGGCAAGAAGAACCCUUUUUCACUUGGUUCAAUCUCAAGCUAAUCAUCUAAAAUCCACCAAUUUUCAUUCAGGUGGUCAUCUGGCUAGUUAUGGAACUCGGCCGCUUAUUGGUGGUACCAAAACUGACACUAGUCGUGUGUCUCAGCUAGCUGCUAUCCAUAAAAGGUGGCUAUCACAGUCCGCAACAGCACAAGAUGACAACAAGAUCAGCAUAGGGCCACGUAAAGGAGGAGAAGCAGGAAAUGACGAAAAGGAUGGCGGAGUUGUCUACUAUGGUCCUAUCUCAAGCACUAUAAAGAAAGUGAAGCUUCUGUCCCUUUCAACCUGUUGCCUCUCUGUAUCUUUAGGCCCUGUCAUAACCUUCAUGACGUCUACUGAUUCCAAUGUGAUACUAAAGGGAGCAGUUGCAUCUACCGUUAUAUUCUUAAGUGCUUCUACUACUGGUGCGCUUCACUGGUUCGUGAGUCCUUAUAUUCACAAACUGAGAUGGAAGCCAGGUUCAGAUUCUUUCGAAGUGGAGAUGAUGUCUUGGCUGGCAACUUUUAUUCCAAAGACGAUUAAGUUUGCAGAUAUCAAGCCAGCCGAGACCAAUAGACCUUUUGUAACAUUCAAGGCUAACGGAAACUUCUAUUUUGUUGAUGCUGAGCAUUGUCACAACAAGGCGCUAUUGGCAAAACUUACCCCACAGAAACCAACUCAUGAGUCGGCUUUCAAGAACUUGUGAUGACAACUUGUUAUCUGGAAUAAUUUGAGGUUUUAAGGUAUUGUAUUGCAUUGCUCACUGGAAGUUUGAAUACUGGAGUCUUGGAUAUAUAAGCCUCAGUUGUUGUCAUUUUUUUUAAUUAUUAUAACAAUGGUGUCCAGGCCAACUUGCGCACCUCGGCUAGCGUUGGUGAUUGUCAUCCCUUUUUUGUAAUAACAGUAAUAUCUAGACCAGCUUGACUCGGAGAACCCGACUACAAUGUCAUUUUCUUUUUAAUUUUUGCAA